AUGACUGGCCUGUCUAAAAGGCGUCGUACUGCUCAGCAAAUCCUCCUGCGACGAGCCUUAGCCAAAAGCGUCAGCGGAGGGCAGGUCAUAGGCGAAUCGGUCCUGGAUCCUGGUGGUGUUGUGGCGACUCCCCCGUUGAGCAGAGAUCCCACAUUGGUCAGCGGUAUGCAGCAGAGAUCCUCGUCGAGAGCAGCAAUGAAACUGCGCAGGAUUUUGGCAUCCAGUCCGAUGAGAGUUUUCCGGGAGAGGAAGACGGCAGGCAAUCAGCCAGGAUGUGAGCUGGAAGCGAGGAACUCAGCCCACGAACGUGGGAAACUAAAGCCAAGUGAGGACAGCCGCACUGUAAGUGGCCACAGCUUGAAAACCAAAGAACAUUCCAGGGGCAGCUCUCGGUCGCGAUAUAGUACCAGCAAUUACCCAUCCACCUGGCAACUUAAUAUCAGUAAAGUCAAGGAGGAUUUGAAAAAAAAUUCUCAAGGAUCGCUGGAGGAGAUCAUCAAUUGUUCGAUUCUCAAUCGCACGCCCUACGACCAUCAACUGAAUACGCCCAUCAAGUCGGAUAAUUCCUGUCAGUGUACAAUUAAAAGGAGAGCUAAAAAGCGGGUCAAGAAAAGCAAGGCCGUUUCUGUGGCCGAAACGCAGACAGUCAGCGAAAAUGAAGCAAGGAGUUACUCUGAAGAAAGGAAAUCUCCAGCUUCGGGGGCAUUCCAGAAAUUGAAGAAUAGGGUCAACAGCGGGGAGGAUUUUAGACCAGAUCGAAUGGUUACCAAAACUCCAUCAAGAAGCAGUGCCAACUCAAGGGUUUAUUUUCAGUGUAAGCCAAACUCAUCAGGUCCAACUUACAAGAACUACGGCGGCUAUAGUCCCUCGGAAACGGACAUGGAAAUGGAGACUGACCACCAACCAAAGAUACCGUGCCAGUGUGAUUAUCUAGACCAAAUAGAGAAGGUAAGCAAGCCCCCUACCAAUUCAGAUGCCAAGUGGGGGCUUAAAAUGCCCAGCAAUACGGAAGUUCAAGGAUACAUGGCCAGGGGAACUCAGGAAAACGUACCAAUGCGCCAAAGGAAAAAUAUGGAUCAGGAUCGGUGGAUGCAAAGGAGUUCCAAUUUCCAAUAUGAAAAUAAUAAAGGAAAGUACGACCAGUCAAUGAGUUUCAAGGUAAAAGAAAGGAUGUUGAAGAGUCAGGGCCGCAAUUGCUCAGAAGUCUCCUACGAUUCUUUAAUGGAGACUUCAAAGGAAUUCUACGCUAGAAAUAAAUUACCUACACCAGCCAGUCUAGUUUCGCUUGAAAAAUUUGCUCCACGCAAUAAUAAUGUGGAAAGCGGAGAAAUGUUGGGUGAGUGUGGAAAACGAAUUGUAUAUCGCGACGACGUUAAAGCGUAUGGCAUAAAUUCUUCAAAUUACAAUCAAAAUACAACUAAUGGGUAUCCGUACUAUGAUCACAACAAAUACUCGGCGAAUGAUUCGGAUGCGCCCAGAAAAAGGCACGAUACACAGGCCCAUUGCAAUCAGAUGGAUAAAAGGUCCUAUAGACAAGCCCUGGGACAUUCUAAAAGAGCUACUCGAAGUUUUGGUACUGAAGACUCAUUCCGCGGUUCCUUUGAAAGGGCAAAUGGCAGAUAUGCUGACAGGCACAGUCCCAAAUGCACUGUGGCUGUCACUCAGACAUCUGCACUGUUUUUGGGAGCACCUUACGAAAAGGAUGCCAACUAUCAGAAGAUGCCUCAUUAUGCUGCACAGCACAGGCAACAAGUUCAAGGAUUCAAACAGGAGCAACCGAGAUCGGAAAGAUCCAAAACAGGAGCACGAAAUCGGGAUGUAACAUCGAAUUCGCUUACGAUUGAAUCACAGGAAGUAGUACAGUCAAAUUCAACAGAACUUCAAAAGCGAGAAAGGCGACGAAAUCAGGCUAGUUUUGAACAAGCCACAGCGGAUAAAACUAGUUUUCAAAGUAAGCCACAAAAGGCGGAAGCCAAGAGUUUAAGACUUGAACAAUCCAAUUCCCUUAUAAUUCAAGCGCAGGAGGACCAACACCGUCUGGUGCAAUCGAGCUCCUUAGAAAUUGCAUUGCCCAAAGUGGCUGCUCCGAAAAACAAGAAGCCAACUUGUACGAAAAAACGAAAAGGUAGUAGAUGCUGCAGUUGCUGCAGUAGAUGUAGUUCUAGAAAACGAUCUGUGAAGAAAGCCUCACCAUGCGAAAAAACAAAAAGCCAAGUGUGUGAAAAUUGCCAGUGCAAAAGGUCAGCUGCAAAGAACCAAGAUGAAAUGUGCAAGUCAAUGAGUAAAGAACAAAUUCCAAAGCGAUGUGUGUCCCAUGUCGAAGAUUGUGACGUGAGGGAAAUAUUGAAUAUUCUACAAAAAACUGUGGCCGGCCUGGAAAAGCAAAUAAAUUCUAGAAAAGGAAUUGGAAAGUGUGAAAACUCAAAGACUGCAGAUGAAGGCCGAAGACAAACUAAAGUUUACCAGCGGAAAAAUGUCCAUAUGGAAAGGAAAGCAUUUGCUCAGCCGGUUGAUGCUUUCCAAAAUCAAUACCUCUUCAAGGAGGAUAGUUCGUUACUAAUCCACUAUAAUGAAAGGCCAAUGAAUUUGGGGCAUAAUUAUGCUUACAGUAAAAGAGAUGCUGCCAACUGUGGAAACCCAUCGAUCAUUUAUCAAUCGAAUUCGAGUACAUAUUUUGCAGGCACUGCAGUAAGAAAUAAUGCGAUUUAUCAAAACAACACAGCGAAUGGCAGGACUCUUCAGGACUCCUUUAAUAAUGCUUCCGCCGCCUAUGAACCAUUUAAAACUAAUAUAACAUCCAGGCAAACAGAAUAUGAUUACCCAAUGGAAAUAUGCGAACGAAAAAGUCAACCAUAUCGAACCCAGACACCCUGCAACGAAGCCACCAAUGUUGCAACCGGUAGUCAAGCAAAAGGCAAUUGCCCAAUGGCGGCUUAUAAAAAUCAAAGCAUCAAUGAGAGUUUUAACAGAUCGUGUUUGAAUGCCCAGUGCAGUAGAAUAUCUCCCCAGAUGCAGAAUUGCCAACAGAAUUUUUCGGCAGGCCAGCCAAAAACGGAUUCACAUUAUAGCCAGGCUUCCAAGACUACCUCAAAUGCAGAAAGACAAGCUCCCAAGGAAAUAUGCAACUGUCCGCAAUAUUGUGCUGCUGCAGAACAUGGACAAGCAGGAAUAUCCUUUCAGGAGCGCAACAAUGUGUGCCCAGAAACGUAUACAGCUAAUGGGGGAAAUGCUGUUCAAGAGCCCUUACAAAUAUGCAACAAUUCAACUUGCCCAUAUGCUUUAGAUUACCUUAAAUCAUGGAACUCGAAUAGAGUUGAUCAGACGGAAAUCGUGCCAAGUUGCAAUCCUGAAUGUGUUGAUAUGCAAAUGGCUAGAGAAAAUGGCAUUGCGAAUAAUUCAGAAGUAUGCAAACCACCCGAGCAUUGUCCAUGUGAAAACAGUCGAGGAACUGUGACCUUCCAAGUCUGCGAUCAAUCCGGUGUAGGUGAACAUACUCUUAAUAGAGACAUAAACUAUGUAGAUCAUACACAGACUUGCGAUAAUCCUUCUUGUCCAGUAGCCGGUCAAUUGCCCAGCUCGUGGGAAAAUCCAGUUUACCCCAGAGCAAAUAGUGCCACAUAUUAUUCAAAGGAAAGUCACCAACUGGAGGGCAACCAGGUUUGUGGUGAAUCUUUUCAAAAGGCUGGCACCGCUCAUAAUUAUGAAGAUUUUUGCGGUAAUCCAUAUUGUUCCGCAAAGAAUGCAAUUAUAUAUGAUGAACAAGGCGAAGGUUGUCAGAAAUCCGAAGAUCCUCCGUUGGUAUACAGAGAUGAACCUGAAAUAUAUUUUUGCAGGAAUUCCCAUAAAGAUCAGACAGAUAAGGAUUUGCAUCAACAAACCAAAAGAAGAAACUCAGAUAAAAGCGCAAACGUAGAUUACGCAGAAAAUCAAGUUUGUUCCAAUCAUCCCAGGAGCCAAAGAACUAAACAUUAUUUCCAAACUGCAGGUUGCUCACCAAAUUGUCCUUUCAAUCAAAGAGAAAAGCGACAAGGACGAAUUACAGUAGUGAAUAGACACAGAAGAGAUACAAUGGGCCAAAGACAUGGAAUCAGAAACGACGACGAUUAUGAAAAUAGUCCCGAAAUGCAAACACAUAGGCAACCGAAAAAUGUCGAGAGUUCUUCAAAAAUAUUCUCAUCCAGAAGAACCCAACUAGAAAUGUACCCACAAAACGAAGUGGAAGAAAAUUUCUGCACUGAGGAUUGUCCUAAUUCUACUAAUCAAGAAAUUCGAAAAAACACAGGGGCUAUAAAGUGCACCAAUUCGAAAUGUCCUGAUAAUUUAAAAUGUAAAGUAAGUUCGAGCAAAGAUAUACACUCUCCACAAUAUAGAAAUAUUUACAGGACUGGUAAUGUUGAAAAAAGCACAGAAGGGCGUAAUUGUAAGAAUUCGGAGUGCACCGAUAAAAAAGAUAUAAGCAAGGAUAGAAAUAAAUAUCCAACAAACGCCACAUCAUGCAGUUCAGAAAAAAAGUGCGGAAAAGAAUUUUGUAAAAGUGCGAAAGAAAUCAAUAGGUCACGUAAUAAAAGUGGAUAUGCGGAUAGUAAGUCGCAUCAAAUCAGUUCUGCAAGACGAUCAUCGCAAAGCGAAAAGAAAACAAAAGUGGCAGGAAAAACUCCAUUUCCAGAAUACGAAUUUGCAGGACAUUCAGGAUUAUAUGCUGAGAAUUGUUAUGAUUGGCAGCAAUAUGUCCAUAUUCCUCAUAAUCAAAAUGCUUAUAAUUUCCAAGUCUGUGAGAAUCCAAAAUGUUCCGAAAGAUUUGGAGAACCUGUUCUCAACUGUGGGGAGAUCGAAUAUAUGAAAAAAGUGUCCUGUAAUGCACAUUGUCCUAAUAAUCAAGGCAUUAAUAGAGUUCCAAAUGAAUACGAAGCUACGACCAAUAACCCAUGUAAAGUGACUUCUCAAAAGCAGCGAGCAUAUAGCGAAAGAAAAGCAAAUUGUCCAAGGGAAGAUAAAGAUACUGAGAUACAGUGCAAACAAGAUACAGCAUUAAACACUAAAAGCUGUAGUCAUCGACUACAUCGGCGACAAGAUAAUAAUAUUGAAGUCUGUAAUAAUCCAAAAUUCCCAGAGAAAACCCACAGUAACUGCCAUUGUCCCAAAAGAAAGGGUAUUUAUUGUACAAAUGAAAGAAUGCUAGUGGAUCGGGAAAAGGAUCAGUGCGAUGAUGUAAGCUACGAUUCAGAGGGAUGUUUUGAAGAUUGUCCCUACCGUCACCGAGUUUUAUUUACCGAUCUUCGCAAAUGCAAAAUUAAUUCCAAGAACAGGGGUCGUCAACGUAGUGGAAAAUCAGAUGAUUACAAUAAUGAUCAGAUUGCAACCAGGAUCUGCAACUCGUGCAAGAUGUUUGUUCCUCUUAAAAAGGAGCGUCAGGUACUCCAUAAACAUUGUAAUUUACCUAAGGCUGAAGCGAAAGAUGUCCACGAAUCCAAAGAAAUCGCAGUCUGCAUAACCCCUAGUAUACCUGCACCAGUUUUUGCCGAAAACAGACGGAAUUCUCUAGUCACAGAUCCCAUUUUAAACAGCUACGACAGGCAUAUUUUGAGAGAUUUCGAAAAAUUCAAGGAGAAUGAGGAAAAGAAAUCUCGAAAAUGCGCCCAAGAAUGCCCAUUCCUCCGUAUAAUUGAAGACAAACCUCUUCCAAUGAAAUCUUCCUCUGCUUGUUUAUGUGCAACAGAAUCUCAAAAUCAUGAGCCUUCUUGGAAUUGCAAAAGUGACAAAUUAAUGAAAAGUGGCAAUGAUACGAAAAGAAAGCAAUCGAAAUCCUCCAUAUUUAGUUGUUGUUUAAAACCAAAAAAUGAUGAUGAGCAGGAAACAGAAAUGGGAAAUGAAAAAGCUCUACCUAAAUCGAGUGCAUUUAGCUGUUUCAUAAAAAAGAACAAAAAUCCCAAUGAAAAUCCGAAACCUAAAGAAAAAACUUCUUCAAAAUCUAGUUUCAAUUACAAUAAGAAGAACACAACUCCCACAAAGAAGCAAAAAGAAGAAGAAUCGAGGGGACUUGCAUGUUUUCAACGAAUUGAAAAGCCGCAGGAAAAGUUCAACCAAAGAGAAAAGAAAUCCCCGCCAUCGACAAAAUCACGCGGUUUUCUCUGUUUCAAAACAAACAACAAACGGCCGCAGGAUGAAAACAUUGAAGGAAAAUCGCCAAGGGAAACUAAUGAAAAGCCAGCCAAUGCUGGAAAUGACAAAAAUAUUAUAGAAUAUAGCAGUAAGAAAUCAUCGAAGCGUAGCGGAUUUUUCACUUGGUGUAGAAAACCCCAAAGACCCAAGGUUUAUGACAGAAAAAUGGAGGAAGUGCCCGCGGGUACAGACUGUACUUGUAGUAACCAUCCAGCUUACCAGUAUAAAGAAGUUUCCGUUCCGAAAUCUGAAGAUCCCUUCCGCUGUCCAUGCGCACCCGACGAAAUCGACGAUGGCGAGGUUAGAGUUUUAUAUGACUCCAGUUUCCGGUUCCAGAAAGAAAGUUGCAGCCUGGCAGAAGUCCCAAACCAUAACGAUCCUCAGAAACCAGGACAGGCCACGGCGGAGAUCAAGGAGCAGGAGGUCAGUUACUGCCCAUGUGCCAGUGCUAAUGGGUUCUACAAAAUUGUGCGGUAGGUAUGAUUGAGAGUUUCUUCGAAAGCAUUUACAUUUUCGAGAAAAUUCCCAAUCAUAAGAACUGCAAGUGGGCAACUUGAGACCAGUGCAAAAUUUAUAAUAAUAUUUUAAUAAAAGGUUGAAUACAAAAAAUAUUUCUUUUAAUGUCUAUUAUGUUGUAGCAACCAAUG